GUUUGAAUCUGUGGUGGAGUGUGUGGCGCGCCCGGAGGCGGAUAUUGGAGCGCGGUGGUAACGGAGCUGUCCUGUGGGCCUUGGAAAUAUUUGGCAUUCUUAUACACAGAAAUCAGGAUAAUCAAUAAUGUCUGUCCCUGAGGAGGACUUGUGUCACCACAUGAAAGUAGUUGUUCGUGUACGUCCUGAAAACACAAAAGAAAAAGCAGCAGGAUUUCAUAAGGUGGUCCAAGUUGUGGAUAAACAUAUAUUAGUUUUUGACCCCAAACAAGAAGAAGUCGGUUUUUUCCCUAAAAAGAAAACUUCAAAUUUUGAUAUUUCAAGGAGACAAAAUAAAGACCUUAAAUUUGUAUUUGAUACUGUUUUUGGUGAAACUUCAACUCAGUUGGAAGUUUUUGAACACACUACCAAGCCAAUUCUUCGCAGUUUUUUGAAUGGAUAUAAUUGCACAGUACUUGCAUAUGGCGCCACGGGAGCUGGGAAAACCCACACGAUGCUGGGAUCAGCUGCUGAACCUGGAGUAAUGUACCUAACAAUGUUAGACCUCUACAAGUGCAUGGAUGAGAUUAAAGAAGAGAAAAUAUGUAGCAUUGCAGUUUCUUACCUGGAGGUAUAUAAUGAACAGAUUCGUGACCUCUUAGUAAAUUCAGGGCCACUUGCUGUCCGCGAAGAUACGCAGAAAGGAGUGGUUGUUCAGGGUCUGUCUUUGCACCAGCCCAGAUCCUCAGAAGAAAUUUUACUGCUGCUGGAUAAUGGGAACAAAAACCGGACGCAGCACCCCACCGAUGCCAAUGCUGCCUCCUCCCGUUCUCAUGCGGUUUUCCAGAUUUAUUUGCGACAACAAGACAAAACAGCAAGCAUCAACCAGAAUGUCUGCAUUGCCAAGAUGUCACUCAUCGAUCUGGCAGGGUCCGAGCGGGCCAGUUCCACCAGUGCUACGGGGACCCGGUUUGUGGAGGGCACAAACAUUAACAGGUCCCUUUUGGCACUCGGAAACGUCAUCAAUGCCUUAGCAGGUACAAAGAAAAAGAAUCAGCAUGUUCCUUACAGAAAUAGUAAGCUUACUCGCUUGUUAAAGGAUUCUCUUGGAGGAAACUGUCAGACUAUAAUGAUAGCUGCUGUUAGUCCUUCCUCUCUAUUCUACGAUGACACAUAUAACACUCUUAAGUAUGCUAACCGUGCAAAGGACAUUAAAUCUUCUCUAAAGAGCAACGUUCUUAAUCUCAACAACCACAUAUCCCAGUAUGUAAAGAUCUGUAAUGAGCAGAAGGCGGAGAUUUUAAUGUUGAAGGAAAAACUAAAAGCCUAUGAAGAACAGAAAGCCUACACUGAUAAAAAUGACAAAGCAAAGUUAAUGAUUUCAAAACCUCAGGAAAAAGAAAUCCAAAGAUUUCAAGAAAUUCUUAACUGCUUGUUCCAGAAUCGAGAAGAAAUUAGGCAAGAAUAUCUGAAGUUGGAAAUGUUACUUAAAGAAAAUGAACUUAAAUCAUUCUAUCAACAACAGUGCCAUAAGCAAAUACAAAUGAUGUGUUCUGAAGACAAAGUAGAAAAGGCCACCUGCAAACGCGAUCAUAGGCUUGCAAUGCUGAAAACGCGCCGCUGCUACCUAGAGAAAAAGCGAGAGGAAGAGCUGAAGCAGUUUGAUGAAAACACCAAUUGGCUGCGUCGUAUGGAAAAUGAAAUGGGACUCCUGGGCCAAGAUGGUCACAUUCCAAAGGAACUAAGCAGAGAGCUUCAUUUUCACCACUUGCACCUCCAGAUUGCAGAUUUGAAAGCGCAGAUGAGGCACAUGAUGGACCUCGCCUGCCUGCAGGAGCAGCAGCACCAGCACACUGAGGCAGUACUGAAUGCCUUACUUCCAAGCCUAAGACGACAGUAUUGCACGUUGAAAGAAGCUGGCUUGUCAAAUGCUGCUUUUGAAUCUGACUUCAAAGAAAUUGAACAUUUGGUGGAGAGGAAAAAAGUGGUAGUUUGGGCAGAUCAGACUACCGAAACACCAAACCAAAAGGAUCUACCAGGGAUUUCUGUUCUGAUGACCUUUCCACAGCUUGGGACUGUCGAGUGUAAUCCUUGCACAUCUUCAAGUUUAUCGAGUCUACUUCAAAUUCCUCCACACAAAAGAACUCGAAGAAAAUUAAUGCCGUCCCCCUUGAAAGCAAAACGUGCCAAGAAAUCCACCUUGGCUGAAAGUGCCCAGCUCAAUGACUCUCUCACUAAAGAACUUCAGCCCAUUUUGUAUACUCCAGAGAGCUACAGAAAAACUGUUCCAUGUCAGUCUCCAGUGGCCUUGGUCAAGCCAUACCCGUCGGUCAGCUCACUUGGAAAUGGUGGUGGUUCUCUGGUCGCAUCGGGUGAGAUAGACAGCCCGCUCCCCUGGAGAGCAGAACAGGCGUGCUCAGAUUUGGCUUCAGCGUUUACUGUAUGUGAAGAUGCCAGGAACCUAAAGAGUCAGUUACCCGAGCAAGAAUCACUACCAGUGAACAGCAGUGUACAAAGGCUUGACCCUGCUUCACUCUCAGCCACGCACCCUCUGCCUGUGUCCAGUGCAGUGCCAUCCUACAUGGCACUGACUGCUGCUGCCAGGAAGAAACGGAAGUUAGCAAGUUCCACAUCAAAUAAUCCUUUAAUUGCUGAAGAAAAUCAUGGACUUGCCAAGCGUAUCCGACAGGACAGCUCAAGCGAUAAGCUGCUCCGAGAGAACAGGCUAACCGUAGGGCACAAGAAAAACAUCCAUAAACUAAACUCGAACAUGGUUAGGAAAUUUGGAAGAAACAUUUCAAAAGGAAAUCUGCGAUAGGUCACUCGGAGCCAAGGACGAGGGGCCUGCCGAGUCUGCCUCUGCGUGGGGCUGUCGGGUGUUUCCAGAAUGUGCUGAAAGCCUUGAGAGAAGACACCCGGUCUGCUUAUCCCGAAUCUGCAGCAAGCGGAAGACGCAGCUCUUUCCUUUGGUACUCUGAGUAAAUGCAGAAUUUCAACAGCAAAGGAUAUGUCUUAAGUUUUGGAAAUACUUGCCACCCUUCAGAAUUCCUGACUUAGCCUGUGGCAGCUGACUCUUCAGCAGCUGAUGCUGGAGGAGGCUGAUCUAGAGCACAGUCGUGAGGUAGAGCGCCCUUGUUUUGCUUUUGAAUAAAGAGAGCUCAGAAGUGGUGAGACUGUGACCCAGGAUGCGCAGUCUUCUCACCCAGAGGUGGGACUGUCGCUUCGGGAAGUACCUUGGUGUUCAGCUGUAGAUAAGUGCUGUCCAUAAAGUUGUUGUAGAUUUUAUUUAAAUGUCUGUAAUGAAUAAAAUACUAAUAUUGUUCCUCGUUACGUGACACAUUA